GAAGGGCAGAGGGAAGGUAGUGUGACACGUGUCAAUCAACCCCCCUCCGGGGGGCGCGCGCUCCGGGGCUCGCGCCGAGGGCUCGCGCCCCUGCCUCGUGCCUGCGCCGCUCGUAUGUAAAUGAGGGCGCGUGACGCGGGACGCAGAUGGACAAGGGAAGAGAGAGAAUGGCCGCUGCCGCCGCCGCUGCUGCCGCCGCCGCCGCCGCCGCCGCCGCUCAGUGCCGGAGCCCUCGGUGCGCGGCGGAGAGGAGAGGAUUCCGGCGGGAACUCGACUCUUGGCGCCACCGCCUCAUGCACUGUGUAGGUUUUGAGAGUAUUUUAGAAGGGCUUUAUGGACCACGGCUACGAAGAGACCUCAGUUUAUUUGAAGACUGUGAACCAGAAGAGCUGACUGACUGGUCUAUGGAUGAAAAAUGUUCAUUUUGUAACCUACAGAGAGAAGCAGUCAGUGAUUGUAUACCAUCUCUUGAUUCUUCACAGUCAACACCAACAGAGGAACUAUCAUCUCAGGGCCAGUCCAACACUGAAAAGAUUGAAUGCCAAGCAGAAAAUUACCUAAAUGUACUCUUUCGAAAGAAAGAUCUUCCUCAGAACUGUGAUCCUAACAUUCCCCUAGUUGCUCAGGAAUUAAUGAAAAAGAUGAUACGUCAGUUUGCAAUUGAGUAUAUUUCAAAAAGUGGUAAAAUUCAAGAGAAUAGAAAUGGUUCAGUUGGACCAAGUCUAAUAUGUAAGAGUAUCCAAAUGAAUCAAGCAGAAAACUCCCUUCAGGAAGAGCAGGAAGGCCCCUUAGACCUCACUGUGAAUCGAAUGCAAGAACAAAAUACUCAGCAAGGGGAUGGAGUGUUAGAUCUCUCUACAAAGAAAACCAGCAUAAAAUCUGAAGAGUCAUCCAUAUGUGAUCCUUCUUCUGAAAAUUCAAUGGCUGGGAGACUACACAGAAACAGAGAGGACUAUGUGGAAAGAAGUGCUGAGUUUGCAGAUGGUUUGCUCUCAAAAGCUUUGAAAGACAUUCAGUCUGGAGCACUGGACAUAAAUAAAGCAGGCAUACUUUAUGGCAUACCUCAAAAAACUUUACUUCUCCACUUAGAAGCCUUACCAGCAGGGAAGCCUGCAUCUUUUAAAAACAAAACUCGAGAUUUCAAUGAUAGUUAUUCAUAUAAAGACAGUAAAGAAACUUGUGCAGUGCUGCAAAAAGUAGCCUUGUGGGCGAGAGCUCAAGCAGAGCGCACAGAAAAAAGUAAACUCAAUCUACUUGAAACCUCAGAAUUAAAAUUCCCAACAGCUUCCAGUUACCUCCAUCAGUUAACUCUACAGAAAAUGGUUACUCAAUUUAAAGAAAAAAAUGAAAGCCUACAAUAUGAAACACAUCCUACUGUACAGUUAAAAAUUCCUCAGCUACGAGUAAGUUCUGUUUCAAAACCACAACCUGAUGGUCCUGGUCUGCUGGAUGUUAUGUAUCAAGUUUCCAAAACCUCUCCAGUCCUGGAAGGAUCAGCUCUCCAAAAACUGAAAAAUAUACUCCCUAAACAGAACAAAAUAGAAUGUUCUGGGCCCGUAACUCACUCAAGUGUUGACUCUUAUUUUCUACAUGGGGACCUCUCUCCUUUGUGUCUUAAUUCUAAAAAUGGAACAGUUGAUGGAACCUCUGAAAAUACUGAAGAUGGGUUGGAUCGAAAAGAUAAUAAGCAGCCCAGGAAAAAACGUGGCCGUUAUCGGCAAUAUGAUCAUGAAAUAAUGGAAGAGGCUAUUGCAAUGGUAAUGAGCGGAAAAAUGAGUGUUUCCAAAGCACAAGGAAUUUAUGGGGUACCUCACAGCACUUUAGAAUACAAGGUAAAAGAAAGAUCUGGAACACUGAAGACUCCUCCGAAGAAGAAACUCCGAUUACCAGACACUGGGUUAUAUAAUGUGACAGAUUCAGGGACUGGCAGCUGCAAAAACAGCGGCAAGCCUGUGUAGAUUACUUGUUAGGAAAACGUGUGUAUGUGCGUGUGUGUAUGUGCGUGUGCGUGUGUGUGUGCGUGUUUGCGUGCGUGUGUAUGUGCACAAGUGUGUAUUUGUGUGUCUGUAUACACACAUGUGGGAAUUACAGAUGCUCACUCUGACAGGAGACAUGACAUUUUACAGUUCAAAAACCACUUACAUGCCUUUUGAAAAAAAAGUUUUAUUCAGGGUUUUCACU